GGAAGCUUCUAGACUCAAAAUGGAUGCUAAUCUGGUAGACCUGACUACCAAGCGAUACUCUAAGAAGGGAGGCAAAAAGGAAGGAAUUCUUAGAAGAAUGUAUAGAGGGAGGACAAACCAUGUCUCACAUGACUUUUCAGAUCAUAGUUUAACCAAAGUUCGAAACCAAGGGCUCACUACAAAAGCUAUGAAGAAGAUUUUGAUCGGUGAUUCUGAUUUUGAUACUUUUGCAGAAGCCCUGGAGACUGAGCGGACACAGAAAAUGGUCUCCGAUCAAGAAAUCCGAAUUCAUAAGUAUGUAAAAGAGAUCAAGAAGGAUACACUAGAGGAGUAUAGAAAAUACUAUUAUGGGAAAGAUGGAAAAUUAAAUAAGCGAAAUGACUCUCCUAAAUCCCUCCCUCGCAAAGUCAGGUUUGGGAACCCUAAAGAUGAAUUCCAAGAAAUGCCUUUGGAGGACUACUUAUUUGCUGGAAUUAAAAAUGAUAAUAGCUUGGGCAAAAAUAAUGAAAUAAAACUUCCAGAUAAUAAAGAGAUUUACCAACAGACUGACUUUCUCGACUCUCUUCGUAAGCUUGAGGAGGAAAACACUCUUAGAUCCCUGACUUCCAGUAAAUUAACCACAGAAGAUCUGAAGAAGAGAAGAGAGGUAAAGGUUAUCCUCCUGACUCUCCAUAAUGUGGAAAGAAUCACUAAAAGAAUCAAUUUUGUUAAUAAAAAUCACAAAGGAACAUUUAAGUAUGAAAACUCUAUAAAUAUUCCCCUUCCAAGAAGAAUUGAAAAGAAGAACAAAAUCAAGAUUGACAAGCAACUGAGUGAGUUCUUGGUUGAAACUAGUGAAAGGCUAAGGCAAAAUAAGCAUCUAAAACAUUUGUAUAAGUUUGAUGGAACCCCAAUAUUUGCUCUUACUGAAGUACAACCGGGCUCAUCCGUCUUUGUAAGCCAUUCACCAUACUUUUGGAAAAUUAUUAGGGAAAGCAAUAAGUACCUGUCUAAUGUGCCUUAUCGCCGCAACACUAACCUGAAUUCUCCUUCAUCUCCCAAGCUAUCUCAUACGACUGAAUCAGUCCGAAAUUUGAGGAGGAGGAAUCAUUAUUCCAAUUCCUUUAGUGACAAAGUCCACAAGAUUGGAGUCAAAGAAAUUGCUAAUGAUACCAUUUGUGAGCCUUCCCUGAUAUACACUAGAGAUUCAUGAGCUCGUGUAUUAGACCAAUCAAUGAGAGCAGUCAAUGGUCUAGAUGAAGAUAAUAAAAUUCAGCAAAUUUAAGUUUUCAAAGUACGUUGGGAGUCUCAACCAGAAACCCUGAGAAGGUACCUUAAAUAGGGACUAUAAAAGCCACAAUGUUAGCAUUAACUCUUCAAUUGAUCCUGAACGAUACAUUGAGAAUUCUUUAGACAAAGGAAGAAGAAACAAGCUGAAUAAAGAGUUCAGCUUGUUCAAGCCAAAGGCUUAUAAAUUGAACAAGACUAUUCAGAAUCACGAACAGAUCCGACAAAUUAAGAAGAGGAAGAUCAAUAUUUAUUUCAAUAACUUUGCUCAGCACAAUAUGAAACCUCCCAUUCUCACUGAAAAUGUAGAUGCUGGGAAGUCAUUUGUGGGAAAGCUUGAGCCCAUCAACAAGACGACAGAUAACUCUUCAGUCUCUAUAGCCCAGAGCUCUGAGCAGGUAGUGAACCUCCAGGAGAGCUUGUAUUAAAAGUAAAUUCAAUAUUAAUUAUAGCUGGGG